AUGCCCACGGGCUCUGUGAUGGGAGCCCUCCUGUCGUGGAAGUUAGUCGAUGCGGUACCGCCGCGGGGGGUAGUGGCGUAUGCAGCCCUUUUUUGGAUACUGGGAAGCUUCAUCCAGAUGCUUGCGCCGGGCAUUGGAGUGGUGGGCUUUGGGAGACUGAUUUGCGGAAUUGCGGCUGGGGUCAUCAGCGCUGUUGUGCCCCCGUAUCUGGCUGAGAUUGGGGGACGGUCGAAUCGAGGCAAGUUUGCCAGCGUCCUCGCCAUGGGUAUCGCCCUUGGCUUCUUGGGGCAAAUCGGAGGCCAGCUGGCUGAAGUGUCGAUUUUGGGCGGCGUCUUGGAGAUUUAUCCAGAGAUGCGUACCAGACUCCUCAAUCUUCUUCGAUUCUCGUUUGCUAUGCAAAUACUGCCCGGCGUUGUGCUGCUGAUCUUUUGCUACUUUGUACCCCCGAGCCCGCGGCAGCUUGCCAAGGAGGGCUGCUGGCCAGAGGCAAAGAGUCUGCUUGCUGACCUACACGCAUCUGGAGAUCGAGAGAAUGCCCACGUCCUGGCGUACCUUCACGAGCUGGAGGGUGAUGUCCUGAACCAACCGCAAAGGGUGCGAGCAAGACUCGUGUUGGGCAUGCUGGUCACCGCGUGGAGCCAGCUGUGUGGCGUGCAUCUGGUCCUUCACCAGAUUAUGAUUGUCACGGUUGGAGCAGAGUUCGCCUCGUCAGAUCUCGUCGUUGUGCUCCUACACGUUCUCACCUUCUUCUUCACGCUGCCGGCAAUCGGUUGGCUGGACUCCUGGGGUCGGCGGAUAACAAUGAAGCUUGGCUGCGUGUGUAUGGCGGCCUGCCUACUUUGGAUGGGUCUUUUCCAGUCGAGACGGAUCGCGUCCAGUGAGGCCAAAGACAACAAUGGACUUGAUGAGACCCAUGUACCCUGGGCCAUCAAGAGUUCUCACGGCGAUUCUCUUGGUAUGAUUAUCUUCUGCUGUCUGUUUAUGGUCACAUAUGCGAUGUCCUGGGGCCCGAUCAUUUGGGUGUACCCGGUAGAGAUAUUCCCGGGUUGGCUUCGAAGCAGAGGGUUUGGCCUUUGUAUGGCCGUGUACUGGAUAUGCAAUGCUGGCAUGGCCUGGGGGCUGCCGAGCCUAGGCAGGUCUACCGAUGGAUGCUCUUUAAACUGGAUCAUCUAUCUGUAUGUCAACUGGGCGGCUCACGAGACCAAGGGAUACACACUAGAAGAGAUGGACCAUGCCUUCCUCUCAGGUCGCCGGGCAUGGCAGCAUAGCUCCGGGGAAAGAAUCUUUGACUUGCUGGUGGCACGAAUCGAGCGUCAGCAGGGCCUGCAAGGGACCGAUCACGCUGCCGGAAGGCCAGGGCAAGAGUUUGAAAUGACCGAAUGGGCAUCUCAACAGGCUGGCACUCCUGAUGUAUCUCCAACAUGA